AUGUCAUAUCUAUCUAUCUAUCUAUCUAUCUAUCUAUCUAUCUAUCUAUCUAUCUAUUUUUUUAAUCAUUUCACACCAUCCAAAGCACUAUCCAUUUCAUUAUUUUCUUAUCUAUCUCAUUCUCUAUCUAUCUAUCUAUCUAUCUAUCUAUCUAUCUAUCUAUCAGAUUCUGUUCGUAUCUAUCUAUCCAUCAAUCUAUCAGAUUCUUUUCGUACCUAUCUAUCUAUCCAUCAAUCUACCAGAUUCUUUUCGUAUCUAUCUAUCUAUCCAUCUAUCUAUCUAUCUAUCUAUCUAUCUAUCUAUCUAUCUAUCUAUCUAUCUCAUUAUAUAUUGCAUCUAUCUCAUUCCGUCCGCAUCUAUCUAUCUAUCUAUCUAUCUAUCUAUCUAUCUAUCUAUCUAUCUAUCUAUCUACCUUCCAGAUUCUGUUCAUAUCUAUCUAUCCAUCUAUCUAUCAGAUUCUGUUCGUAUCUGUCUAUGUAUCUAUCAGAUUCUGUUCCUAUCUAUCUAUCUAUCUAUCUAUCUAUCUAUCUAUCUAUCAAUUGUCCGUCUUGGAUACGACUGCACGUGUGGCGAGGAACACAUUGUAAUGAAAAGAGAAGAUAUCGUCUUUUUUUGUUGAUUCGCAUAUUUAUCUAUCUCAAUCUGUUCAUAUCUGUUCAUAUCUAUCAAUCUAUCUAUCCGUCCUUUGUGUAUGUAUGUAUGUAUGUAUGUAUCUAUCUAUCUAUCUAUCUAUCUAUCUAUCUAUCAUAUCUAUCUAUCUCUGUCCAUUAUCUAUCUAUCUAUCUAUUUUAUUUCUUCAUAUCUAUCUAUCUAUCUAUCUAUCUAUCUACCUAUCUAUCUAUCUAUCUAUCUAUCUAUCUCUGUUCGUAUCAAUCUAUCUAUCUAUAUUUGUUCAUAGCUAUCUAUCUCAGUCUGUUCGUAUCUAUCUAUCUAUCUAUCUAUCUAUUAAAUAAAUAUCUCUGA